CCAAAUCCUCCCGCCCCUGAAAUCCCCACCGCGACUUCUCCCACGACGAGGAAGAUGAAGCACGGGGGACCGCGGCGCGGCCCGCGCGCCCCGCCGUCGAGGUCGCGCGCUCGCACGCCGGUCUCCCACUCCAGGAGCAAGCACGAGGGGAGGGAUUCCAGGCGCGACGGCUCGCGCGCGCCCACGCCGGCCUCCCCCUCCAGGAGCGAGCGCGAUGGGAGGGAUACCAGGCGCGACGGCUCGCGCGCGCCCACGCCGGUCUUCCCCUCCAGGAGCGAGCGCGAUGGGAGGGAUACCAGGCGCGACGGCUCGCGCGCGCCCACGCCGGUCUUCCCCUCCAGGAGCGAGCACGAGGGGAGGGAUUCCAGGCGCGACGGCUCGCGCGAGUGACCACGCCAUGAUCCCCGCUCAUCGAGGCCGUCCGGAUUCGAGGAUCGCGGUGGAGAGCGGGAGGGGCGGCGAUCAAUGCCGCCGCCGCAGUCUCCACGCAGGCCCAGCCGCGACGGAGGACGCCUGGCCGAGCGUGACGGUCCACGUUCCAUGCCGCCGCUCCGCAGCCCCGAGCGCGAGGGGCGCCAGGGCGAGCGGGACGGCCCACGCGCCCCGCCGUCCACGCCACGCCGAGGGCGGAUGCUCGAGCGCCAGCGCCUCCAUGAGCGGUACCGGAACGAGAAGGACGGUCCGCACGUGCCGAAGUUCGAGGAGGCGCCGCGGGGUUGUUCUGCUUCCUUCUCGCCGAGCUCGGACAGAACAGAGGAGCAGGACUUCGGUGACGAUCAGAUCGUGCAGAGUGAAGAACAACACGACGAAGCUCUCAUGGAGGGCGUGGAAGAGCCAGUGGCCGCGGAAGUGGAUGGCGGCGGAGAAGCUGCGGGAUCGGUGGCCGUGGAAGAGAAUGGCAGCGAAGAAGCUGUGGACUCGGUGGCUGCGGAAGAGGAUGGCGGCGAAGAAGCUGUGGUGGGCUCGGUGGCCGUGGAAGAGAAUGUGAGCAAUGAAGCUGUGGGCUCUGCGGAAGAGGACCGCGGCGAAGAAGAGGUCCGAUCGGUAACCCACAUCUUUUCCCUGCCUGAUGAUAUGAUACUACAAAUCCUGACCAAAAUGAGCCAAAGGGAUCGUUGUCGUGCUGUAUGUUGCUGCCGUAACAUUCUUCGGGUGGUGAGGUAUGGAUCAGAAGCGCAGAAUCGGAGACCACCCUUUGUUGCUGCAAUAGUCAUGACCUCCAUGGCGCCAAGUGUAGUGACAAUGCAGAAAAGAGCCGAUGUUCAAGGAGUUAUGCGAUCAGUCUCUUACAUAAGUGCUUCACUCAUGGAGAUGCCACAGGGCACGCGAAUCACAGAUUGCAGAAGUGGUUUCCUGUUGUUGAAAAGAGCUGAUGAGAAAUUUUAUGUCUGGAACCCAUACUUGAGGAGGACUGCUUGGGUUCCGGUGCCUGGGUGUGAGAUUGGUUUGCAAGAGAGAUAUGUGGCGUCUGCAUUGGUGCCAGGGGAUGCUCAGGGGCAGUUUUGUCUGGCAGCUAUGUAUGCUCAGUCUGACAAUAGCACAAUGCUCAGGAUUUACAGUUCCAGGUUGGGUUCAUGGAGAAAUGCAGAGAUUGAAAUCAGGGAGCACCAGCUACAUCCCUUCUCAGUGCACAGUAGCAAUUUCAUAUAUUUCUUGAGUUUGAACAAGAGGAACAAGUCCAUCGUCCGAAUUGAUCACCAUCUUAUGACAGCCGUUUCCAUUGCUUUGCCCGAAGAUUGCAAAGCUGGCGAGUUAAUGAUUUCGCGCACAGAAGGUGAAUUGUGUUUGUGCAAAGCUGAGGUUAAGAGGAUCAAAGGAAGAAAGCUUUUGCGAUCUUUCCGAUACAAAGAGGGGCAAUGGGAAGAAGCUGGGAGGCAUGACAUACCAGAGGAUUCUUACUGGACAAGGUUGAUUGGGUUUGGUGAGGUGAAUGGACUACUGAUCGUUGGCACAGGGAUUGCAGAGAUGAAGGUCUUUCAAAUUGAAGAGGGGAAGUGGAUUGAUUUGCAGAAUUGCAAGAUUUCAUCGGCUUUUGCUUUGGAGAUGGACAGCCCCUUCCGUGGUCCUUUCACCCUGCCGACGAUGGACAUAUGUGGAUGAGCACUACUUCCAGGAGAUGAAGUAGUUGGUUCCAUAUGCUCACUGCUCUGAGAAAGUGUAGGCGGUUCUUUGUUCACCAGGAAGCAGCUAGUUGUCAGCAAUCCUUCCAGGCGUUUUCUCAGUUUUCGGAUUUCUUGUUUUCAGUUUUCUUGAGCAAACAGACUUAUUGUCAAACAAUUCCUUGGUGAUGAGUGAUGACGGUAUGCUAAUGAAGGUACUAAAAUGCUGAAGCAAUUGUUAUUUCAUCUCGAAAA